AUAAUUAAAAGUGCUAAAGGUUAUUUAAAUUUUUAUACGGUUUUUACCGUAACGUUCCUUUUCGUUUUUAAAAAUAAAUUCGUAAUUAUUAAUAUAAUGGGCGAUAUUUUGCUAAAUUGCCAAUUUUUUAAGCAUAAAAGGUUUAAAAGUAACUUUUUUUCGAAAUCGUCGGAAAUUUGCGGGGUUUUUUUGGUAUUUUAUUCCGGUAACCCAACGGCCUUUUCCAACGUGCUCGACGUAGCGUCGGGCGUUAUUGUAAGCGGUGCGAAAUUGCAAAUGCCUUUUUUAAAUUUGCUCGAUCCCUUUCGGUAA